AUGAAGCCCACUUUGAUCACCCUCAUUGGUCUCUUGGCUACUUCUGUUGCCGCUGGCCCCGUCCCCGCUUCUGGCGGUUUUGACCUUGAACCCAGAGGUAAUGGGAACAACGGAAACACUGCGAAGCAGGGUGAGAAGGGCGGCAACAAGGGCGGUAACCAAGCGGGUGGCGCCAAGAACGGCACCGCCAACGCUGGAGGUGCUGCGGGAGGAGCCGCUGGUGGUGCUGCGCCCAAGGCUGGCAACACCACGGCUCUUGUGCUGCCCGACGGCCGUAUCAAGCAGGAUGCUACUCCGGAGAGCUUCAAUGUCCUUGAGAGCGUCUUCAAGAGUGCCGUCGUGAAGGGAGAUGGUCUCAAGUUCAGCGAUGUCAUCACCUUCCCUCAAGGGCAAGCGUCUUUGUUUGAUAAGGCCACCAACACCAAGGCUUUCGCCAUUAACAUCGACGACAAAUCGGUUUUCAUUCCCAAGGGUGGCGAGGCUCAAGCGAACAUCCGCCGUGCCGAUCUUCUUCCCAGCAUUCGCUCGCAGCUGAACGACGUCGCGGUCACCGGCGUGCGCACUAUGCACUUCUCCAUCCAACGCGAUGCCACAAAGCCUCUCAAUGCCAGUCACGAUUACCAGGUCAUGAACCUCGAGUCUAAGGACUUCCAAUUCCACCAGAUCGACGUCAGGACCGGUGCGGAGAACGGCAACGACAUCGCCAUCUUUGGAAACUCCAAGAACCCCGCUGGAGCCCAGAAGAUUUUCUCCACGCCCUUUGGCGAGGGCAAGUUUGAGAACUUUGCGAUCAAGAUGGAUUUCACCGCGAAUACCGUCCAGGUCUUCCACAGCACCGGCGAUGAACCCCUCAAGCAGGUUACCGAGCCUGUCCAGAACGACCUCGCUGGCCUUGGCGAGUACCACUUUUCCCUCCAGAAGAACCCCGUCGGACAAGCCACUCAACCGACUGGUAUCAAGGAGGCGGUUAUCUUCGGUGGCAUCUUCAUGGAAGAUUCUACCAGCGGCCAAGUCACUCUUCAGUAA